AUGGCUGCUUCCAACACGAUAACAUACACGAUGGCUGCUGAAGCCGCUGCUGAGAUCGUGUCCCAGAAAUUAGAGAUGUUGCUCUCUCAUCCGGUGUGCGUAAGGUGCUCGUCAAUUGAACCACUCGUGAAGGAGGCCAAGGAGAAGCUGGCCACGAUUCAAGAGUUCUUUUCCACGCCAGACAGCAUGUCCCUGAGUAGGGCAGGAUGGUUGGGGCGGCUCCUCCAAGCCAUGUACGACACUGAGCAAUUCAUCGAGAAUUUCCACCUCAGAGAGGUCGGCGGGAGGCACGACGCCCUGCACAUGGCCAUGAGGCUGCCAGCCGCGCUCAUCUCCAAGCACAAGCUAAGGAGGGACCUGUCCAAUCUGGUGAAUAAGAUGCAGGAGAUGCAGGAGAUGCAGGAGCUGUGUCAAGACCACGGCUUGACGGGCAAGAAGGAGGCCGAGGGCAAGAUGAGGAAGGAAUCUGCUUGUUCCUCCUCCCUUACUAGUGCUCCAGAGCAAGAUGAAAAACUGGCGAGGCUGACUAGUUUAUGGGAUUGGCAAGAGUCGAUGAAAGAUUUAUGGCUGCAGCAAAAGGAGGAAAUAAAAUUGUCUAUUCGGGGGGAGGGAACGAGACAGGGGAAUCUCGGUUGGACUUUGAUUUGGGGCGAGCAAGGCGUCGGCAAGACGUACGUCACGAGAUGCGUCUACAAUGAAGCGAAGUACCUGGGCUUUGAGUGGUGUGCUUGGGUCCGCCUCUCAGCCGGAAUGGACAUCCAGGAUUUCUUAUUUGAGAUACUGCAGCAAAUGGGGAAGCUAGCGAGGGAGGUGAAGGACAUGAAUUUGCACGAGAUGACGGAAAUGCACCGCAUUGAAUUGGCCAAGAGGAAGAAGUUCCUCAUCGUGUUGGAUGGCAUGCACCCGUCCAACGAGCGACUCCUGCCAAGGUUAGUGAGCAUCCUUUAUCCUGGGCCAGGCCACAUAAUUAUCACGACUCAAGACUCCAGCAUAGCCAAUAAGACGUCCUUUUUCCCGGAAAGGAGGAUCGAGCUAAAAAAAUUAAAUUCAACACAGAGCCGGAAAAUGCUCGCUGGGAAGUUCAAGCAAAGAGUACCCAAUGGUCAGAGCCUCUCAAAAAAGAAGGGUAUCAUAGAAAUUUGUCAGGGCUUGCCGCUCCGUAUAUCCUUACUCAGCGGUUUGCUGCUAAAUGCUGGAGACCAGGAACGCGCAGCGUUGGAGAAAGAUCGUUCUAAGAUGUCAACAUCAGAGCUACUACAAUUGAGUUACCAUAAAUUGGCAGCCCAUCUAAAACCGUGUUUCAUCUACAUGGUUUUGUUCCCCCGAGCAGCCCCCAUUUCGACAAGGAGGCUAGUGAGGCUGUGGUUGGCUGAGGGCUUAUUGGAUUCGCAUUGUUACGACGGAGAAAGAAAACUGACAAGGCAGCCCGAGGCUGCUGGAGAGACUUUCAUUCUGGACCUUGCGGGAAGGAACGUCAUCGAGGUGGUGAGCUGGAGGGCGGAUGGAUUCCCCAAAGCUUGCUACAUGCUCACCUCUCUGUAUGACCUGAUCCACCCGAUCGCCAUGGACACAAAGUUCCUCCACAUACAUGCCGCUAGCAAGUCAAAAGACGAGAAUGACCGCGACCCAACCAGCCAGCAACAACAGCUGCCAGCCCAUCAGUACGAAAUCAAGGUCCGGUGGCUCGCAGAGCACACAAACAUAGUCAGAGACGGCCAUGGUGGCAGCUACCCCGGUUUGUACCUCGAUCACGUUCGCUCGUUUCUGUCGUUCUACAUGAGGAGAGGCAUGCUCACCAAGGAAAUCAGCAACUUCCUCAGGAACAUGACCUCCAAGACCGCCUAUAGCUUGCUGAGGGUACUUGACUUGGAGGGUGUGUAUAGGCCAUCCUUGGAAGGUGUGCUCCAUAAGUUGGUGCUCCUAAAGUACCUAGGAUUAAGAUCCACGGUGUUGCACUCGAUCCCUAGUGCAGUUGCGGAUCUGCAAUAUCUUGAGACUCUUGACAUAAAGGACACCUACAUCACUUCCCUGCCGAAUUCCUUCUGGAAGGCGAGGAACUUGAGGCACUUGCAUCUCAACUGGUUGUACAUCGACUUGAAGAAGAUCUUCGAGGAUGAUAAUGCUUUGACUAAACUCCAAACCUUAAGCGGGCUAGUUAUCGGUGAAGUGAAGGAGAACUCGGUGAUGGGCCACAUGAACAGCUUGACCACGCUGAAGCUUUUCUUGCACCAAUUGGAUAGGGACACCUCAGGCACUACGGGAAAAGCACUAGCCGAUUGGAUUAGCUCUAGGCUCACCUAUCUCCAGUCCUUGACCUUGGGGGUGACCAAAAAUGCCAAGCCCGCGAAAUCGCAGAUAGGCCCGUUGCCGAAAUUGUCGUUGGCGGAACAUCACGGACUGUUCGUGCUUUACUUGCUGGGCCGACUCAAUAAACCCAUCUGGACACAGCUCCUGCCGGUCUCGCUCAGGGUUUUGAUCCUGUCGGGUUCGAGGGUGGAAGCAGACAUGAUGCCUGAGUUGGGUGGCCUCCUGGGACACCUGAGGACACUUAAGCUGUUGGCCAAUUCUUUCCUAGGCACUAGUCUGACGUUCGCCAAAGGUGGGUUUCCGAGCCUCAUGAUCUUGAAGAUUUGGAAGCUGCCUCAGCUUGUGCGUGUGACUAUUAAAGAAGGAGCAAUGCCGCGUCUCAUAAAACUCGAGUUUAGGCACCUCGAGUGUUUGAAAACUGUUGAAGGGAUCCACGAGUGCAAGAUAUUGGAGAAUUUUAGUGUGAUGUCCCAAUGCGAUGCUCUUGUUAACCAACUCAGGGACAAAAUAGGAGAGAAGGUGAAUCUGCAUUUUGAAGACAGCAAGAGGCCUGGAUCUUCGGCCGAUGACGAGGACGAGGAUGAGGAUGAGGAUGAGGACAGCUAG